CCAGUUAAAUCCCCAGCGCAUCUGCCAAUCCGACGCCGCCGACCCAGCAGUGGCAUUGUCUCCACCGUCCACCCUCACCGCCCAACCAGAUGGAUGUGUACGGGCCCGCCGAGCCCGCCGCCAACGGCGAGGCGGCCUCCGCCGCGCGCCCCGUGGACGUCGCCGCCUCCGGCGGCGGCGAGGAGGGGGAGGGCACGGACACGCUCCCCGGGGUGGUCCGCGGCUUCCUCGACGGCGUCUGGUCGUCCCCCGGCGGGGGCGAGCCGCUGCUCGGGCGGCUGCGGUCGGCGUCCCGCGAGGCGGCCCCGCGGCUGCCGGGGGCGUCGCGGAACUCGGCUCGGGACCUGCUCGAGUGGACCAGGCGGGGCAGCGGCCUCCGCGCCAUCCUCGUCAUCUCGGUCGGGACCAUCACGCUUAUCACAUUGACUGGCCUCCUCAUUUUCAUGUUCUUCCUGCUGGUUGCGACUGCUAAUGCCGUCAUUGUCUCGGUCCUGAUGUCAUUGGCAGCUGCCGGGGGGUUCUUGGCUAUCUUCUUUGCUUGCGUAGUUGCAGUGUAUGUUGGAGCAGUGUCAGUUGCUGUCUUUGCCAUUUCUGCCACGGUUAUCUCAGCAAUUGUUGGAGUAAUGAUUGCUACUGGCUGGGUCGGGUUCUUCUGGGUGAUCUGGUUCGCCGCGAGGAAGAGCAUGGACCUGACGAAGCACUCCAUCGGCGUCACGAGCUCGGCGAUCCAGUCCUACUCCGCGUCGCGGCACGUGAACCAGAAGCCUGUAGACUGAGGCUGAGGCUAGUUCCGGCUUUGGUUACAUCCUUUGUGUGGAGCCUUUGAUCUAUGUGAAUUACAAGGAUUGCCGGUUUGUAAGAGGUGUAGAGGACGGCACGCCUGCUGCGGCAGCUUUGGUUUGUCUCGGUGACUCGGUGUAUAAUAUAAUAGCUCUGCGAUGUUAGCCGAUACACGUUGUUCUUCUGUGUAUGGCAUGUGAACGGAUGAACUUGUGGUGAAUAGUCAGCGCUGCUUGUGCAUACAGCUCUAUGUUUUUAUUUUACGCUGUGAAAUUGGGCCUUGUUGUAUGUACAUAUGACCAUAGCAUCGGAAAUGAAUAAUAAAUGGAUCCGUUUUUUGGUCUGCA